AUGUCUUACUUUACCACAGUUGAACCACUGGAUCAUCGGCAAAUACCUGAACUAGGAAGGAGAGGAAUGUCCAUCAGCCCACCGCUGUCGAGGAAUCUCUGUUUCUUUGUUGGCGUGCUGUCUAUGAAGCAGCUCGGACUCCUCAGCAAUUUUGAGGAGGUUUAUGACGCCUUUAUGACCUUGCCCUCUGUGCCGGCUGGAUUUUGGCAGAAGGGUCAUCUGGCCCGGACAUAUUGGACACCCUGGUGGACAGGAUUAGCUGACCUGAAGCCCAACCAUGACUUUCUCAACACUUACACAAAUUGUGUGCAGGUUCAGAACAUAAUCGGCGAACAUUUUACACAAUUGCCCGAGGGAAAGGUUCUGAUCACGCCAGCAACAUUCGCUCACCCGAUGUCGACACCGGUUGCACAGCAAAUGUCUAGCAUCCACACCGAGGUGCUGCAUGAAGGCCAACUGAUUGUCAAGAUGCUUGAAGAUAAAGUAGUUGAGGCGAAAAUAGUUGCCACCACCAUGCUUCGCAUGGACACUGCAUUGGGACAGGAUGUAGUCAAUGCCAUCGCUGCAACUGAGAAACUGACGAAGUAUUUGAAAUGGGAGGUGGCGCAAUGA